ACAUCAGCUCCCACUACGACCACAGCAUCUCCAACUACAACCACUGAGUCUCCCACUACAACCACAGCGGCUCCCACUACAACCACAGCUGCUCCCACUACAACCACAGUGGCUCCCACUACAACCACAACGACUCCCUCAUCAACCACUGCUACUCCCACUACAACCACAGCUGAUGUUAUAACAACGACAUCAGCUCCCACUACGACCACAGAAUCUCCCACUACAACCACUGCGGCUCCCACUACAACCACAGCGGCUCCCCCUACAACCACAGCUGCUCCCACUACAACCACAGCGGCUCCCAGUACAACCACUGAGGCUCCCACUACAACCACAGCGGCUCCCACUACAACCACAGCUGCUCCCACUACAACCACAGUGGCUCCCACUACAACCACAACGCCUCCCGCAACAACCACUGCGACUCCCACUACAACCACAGCUUACCUCACAACACCCACAGAGGCUCCCACAACAACCACAGCGGCUCCAAAUACAACCACAGUGUCUCCCACUACAACAGCUCCCAUAUCAACAACAAAAGCUGAGGUGACAACAUCCACUGCUGGCACUACCACAACGGCUCCCACUACAACCACUGCGACUCCCACUACAACCACAGUGGCUCCCACAACAACCACAGCGGCUCCCACUACAACCACAGUGGCUCCCACAACAACCACUGCGGCUCCCACUACAACCACAGUGGCUCCCACAACAACCACAGCGUCUCCCACAACCCCAUCUGCUUCCACAACAACCACAGCUGAUGUUAUAACAACGACAUCAGAUCCCACUACGACCACAGCAUCUCCCACUACAACCACUGCGGCUCCCACUACAACCACAGCGGCUCCCACUACAACCACAGCGGCUCCCACUACAACCACAGCGGCUCCCACUACAACCACAACUGCUCCCACUACAACCACAGCGGCUCCCAGUACAACCACUGAGGCUCCCACUACAACCACAGCGGCUCCCACUACAACCACAGCUGCUCCCACUGCAACCACAGUGGCUCCCACUACAACCACAACGACUCCCUCAAAAACCACUGUGACUCCCACUACAACCACAGCUUACCUCACAGCAACCACAGUGGCUCCCACAACAAUCACAGCGUCUCCCACAACAACCCCAUCUGCUUCCACAACAACCACAGCUGAUGUUAUAACAACGACAUCAGCUCCCACUACGACCACAGCAUCUCCCACUACAACCACUGCGGCUCCCACAACAACUACAGCUGAUGUUACAACAACCACUGCGGCAACCACAACAACCACAGCGGCUCCCAAUACAACCACAGCGGCUCUCAUUACAACCACUGCGGCUACCACUACAACCACAGAGACUCCCACUACAACCACAGCUUACCUCACAGCAACCACAGAAGCUCCCACAACAACCACAGCGACUCCCACAACAACCACUGCGACUCCCACUACAACAACAGAGGCUUCCACAACAACCACAGAGACUCCCACAACAAAUACAGCGGCUCCCACAACAACCACAGCGGCUCCCACUUCAACCACAGCGGCUCCCACUACAACCACAGCAUCUCACAGUACAACCACUGAGGCUCCCACUACAACCACAGCGGCUCCCCCUACAACCACAGCUGCUCCCACUACAACCACAGUGGCUCCCACUACAACCACAACGACUCCCUCAACAACCACUGCUACUCCCACUACAACCACAGCUGAUGUAAUAACAACGACAUCAGCUCCCACUACGACCACAGAAUCUCCCACUACAAUCACUGCGGCUCCCACUACAACCACAGCGGCUCCCACUACAACCACAGCUGCUCCCACUACAACCGCAGUGGCUCCCAGUACAACCUCUGAGGCUCCCACUACAACCACAGCGGCUCCCACUACAACCACAGCUGCUCCCACUACAACCACAGUGGCUCCCACUACAACCACAACGACUCCCUCAACAACCACUGCGACUCCCACUACAACCACAGCUUACCUCACAACACCCACAGAGGCUCCCACAACAACCACAGCGGCUUCAAAUACAACCACAGUGUCUCCCACUACAACAGCUCCCAUAUCAACAACAAAAGCUGAGGUGACAACAUCAACUGCUGGCACUACCACAACGGCUCCCACUACAACCACAGCGGCUCCCACUACAACCACUACGGCUCCCACUACAACCACAGUGUCUCCCACUACAACAGCUCCCAAAUCAACAACAAAAGCUGACGUAACAACAUCCACUGCUGGCCCUACCACAACGGCUCCCACUACAACCACAGCGGCUCCCACUACAACCACUGCGACUCCCACUACAACAACAGUGGCUCCCACAACAACCACAGCGGCU